UUUUUAUCGUCAUUCAGUUACAUCUAUUGUUAUCGGUUACCGGCUCUCAAUAUCGAGUAUCCAAACAUUUUAGGCCACUUCUAGCACAAUAAAAACAAAAACAGCUGAUUUUUAAAGUUCAAGCGAGAAAAUGAUGCGAAAUUUGAGCUUAUUAAAACGAAGCAAUCUGCUGGCAAGGAAUGUCAGCUUAGAUGCUGGUUUAGGUACUGACUGUAAGCAACAAACAGCUGAAACAAUUCGCGAAGUGAGGCACCAUGAAAACUUGGCUGCCAACUGGUGGAAUAAAAAAGGACAAAUGGCAGCGCUGCAUGCUCUAAAUGAAAUUAGAGUUCCACUAAUACGCGAUGGAAUUGUGGCCCGCGGCAAUGUAAAUUCUCGUUAUAUAAACACAACAAAAGUGUUGAGUGGACAACGCUUAUUGGAGGUUGGCUGUGGAGCUGGCUUAUUAACCGAACAACUUGCUCGUCUGGGCGCUCAAGUUACAGGCAUCGACCUUGGCGAAGAAUUGAUAAAAACAGCAAAAGAGCAUUUAAGCAACUGCAGUGCAGAACUCACUGAUAGAGUCCAAUACAAAAUGGAACCAAUUGAUCAGCAUGUCAAGGCGAAUUUGGAGAGCUAUGAUGCUGUCAUUGUGUCUGAAGUUCUAGAGCAUGUUGACGAUAAGGCGGCACUACUAAGCGCUUGCGUAAAGACGCUCAAACCAGGUGGCUCCAUAUUCAUAACUACCAUGAACAAAACCAUACCCAUGUGGAUCGGUGGCGUCGUGCUUGGUGAAUAUGUUCUAAAUAUAGCACCAAAAGGCACUCACCAUUGGGAGAAAAUGAUUGCGCCAUUGGAUGUGCAGCGCAUAUUGGAUACAAUGAAUUGUCAAACGGUGCUCGUUAAUGGCAGCACAUACGACUUUUGUCGUAACACUUGGCGCUGGAUCAACUCCACACAGCUGUGCUAUGCACUGCAGGCUGUUAAACAGAUUCCAACUGAAUCCAGCUGAGCAAAUUUAUGUUAUAUUUAGAAAUAAGUCACUAUGUCAUAUGCUUAUAAAGUUUAUUUAAUCCUCGUCA